GCUUGAGUUGGUCGCGAAGAUUUUGAAAAUCCCUAAGGAUAAAUAAAGGCUCCCUCAGACUGGAGGAAACAUCACUGCUUCAAUAGAAAUUGGUUCAUAACCGUAAUCACCAUUUAUCAUCAUAACACCAAGGAGACAUUCAUUAUCCAGUUUCAAGCACAACAUGAUACAUUCUUCAGUAGUUGCUUUGUGUGUGUUCUUGCUAGGCGCAGGAGUUUCCGCCACCCUUGAUCCGGCUACUGGGUAUGCUUCUGGAAAGAAACCUACGGACAGCUGGAUAGCAACUGCCUCGGCCACUUCGUCUUCUGAAAUUCAGGCAUCAGAAUGCUCCCAUAAUACUCGGAUGUCCAAUCAGAAGUUUGCUUGGUUCAAAAUCGAUCCAUCCAAAGUUAAUCAAAAUGGUUCCACUUAUGGGACUUGUUACGCAAGUAAUACGGCACCUGAUGAGAGUCAACUUGAAAGUAACAGCGGUUAUGAUGUGUUUUUCUGGCAAAACUCUGGAGGCCAGUCGGGAACAGGCACCGGGCCCAUCAAGGAUCCGAACACUGGAAAAGCUGGAUAUGAAGAUAAUUCUGGGAAGUUCCAUCUCGGAAAUGCCCCUGGUGAUGGCAACACUCAGCAGGAAAGUACCGAAACUGCCACUAGUGCAAAGCCCGACACUCAAUCUGGAAACCCCAACCCAAGUGCCGACAGGUCUUCGGGCACGGGACGAAAGGCGGCUGAAAAGAAUCGUCUUAACGGUACCGGUUUGGCCAAAAUCAGUACGGGUACUGGUGGGGCGGACAGUAACAGCGCUGGCAGCGGCCUUGCUGGCAUGGGGAGCUUCCAACAAUGAUUAGAAUAAAUUGUUUCAGAAUCACACCUGUGAAAUUGUAGCGUCACGUCCUGUUCUCUCAUCUUUGGAAUACAUCUUUAGCAUUGCCGGAAGCAAGGCCUGCAAACCGGUUUUUGAUCUUUUUGGC